AGAUAACUCACGCUACUGAUUCUUGAAUUCGCUCCUCGGUGUUUCGUGUACGCAUGAGAAUAUUUCUGUCUUUGAUGCGAAUCAGCGACAGUUUGCGAUGAAAACUGCCGCACUGCUCGUGAGUUUGAUCGGGUUUUUGAUCUACAGUAUCGAUGCCCGCAUACACAAACUUGAUAUUCUCGGUGACAAACGGGACUUGAUACUUGUCAGUUCGUUCGGAUUCAACAAAGGCGGGUACUUGGAAGUCACGGUUAAUAAUCUCACCGCUGAGCCAUUCCAGGAGUCUGACCUGUUCGGAUUCAGUUUAGAUCGAACUAUCAGUGAUGCCGUGAAUUCCUUCACGGAAUCUCAUACCCGCGAUGGCUGCGUUCUCAGUAAAGAGACAGUUUCUCUCACUUCGUCUGAACUUUUGUCUGCUGGGCUAGUGCUAUUUAAGUUUGACUUUGCCGCAAAUAAGGUUAAGGUCAAAUGUAGUCCGCAGCUUCGUGGUCUCGGUUUCUUUUUGAGUAUCGAUAUGAUCCCGAAAGAAACUGUUUCCGCGGUUCGGAAGAGGAAAGCUAAUUUAAAGAAGAAAGGAGAAGAACCGAAUGAGGGGCUUCCUCCGCGCGCUCGCCGAAGUGUUAUUACGGAUCCAUCAUUCAUGAACAAAUCUAUCAUUCCACAAUUGAGAGAAGUGGACAUGGUGGCAGAAAAAGUUCCUGUCCACGAGGAGCACGAUUCUUGUGAAGACGUUGUGAUACCCCUGAAUAGCUCCGGUCCGAAUUCUUUCACCACAAAAUUUAUAGUUUACAUCAAGUCGGAGCGUGAGGAAGGACGUUAUCAUCUGUACUUUCAUAACUGCCGCAAUUACGGACAUGAAACUGAAAACCAUCCGCCUUUGUCAACUGUUGACAUGAAGCUGACGGUUGUAGAAAUGAACGGCAAAGGUAAUUUCCUGUCUGCUGGAGAAAUGCCGCUUCCGCCGCUUUUCUUCAUGAUGUCUGUGCUGUUUUUCAUUACCGGAAUAUUCUGGCUUUUCAUUCUGAAGAAGAGCGAGUCGACGGUAUUCAAGAUCCACUACCUGAUGGCAACAUUAGUGUUUGCCAAAUCGCUAUCUCUGUUGUUCCAUGGAAUCAACUAUCACUACAUUGAGUUGUCUGGCACUCACGUUGAAGCAUGGGCUGUGUUAUACUACAUUAUGCAUCUAUUGAAAGGAGCACUGUUGUUCAUCACGAUUGUACUCAUCGGUUCUGGUUGGGCUUUCAUCAAAGGCAUCCUAUCAGACAAGGAAAAGAAAAUUUUCAUGAUAGUUAUCCCGCUUCAGGUACUUUCAAACAUCGCUAUGAUCAUUUUUGAAGAAAGUGAGGAAAGUGAAGUCGGGCAUUCUAUGUGGAAUGAACUACUUAUUCUCGUGGAUUUGCUGUGCUGCGGAGCAAUUUUAUUACCUGUCGUGUGGUCUAUUCGGCAUUUGCAGGAAGCUGCCGAAACAGAUGGAAAGGCAGCCAUUAAUUUGAAGAAGCUUUGUUUGUUUCGGCAUUUCUACGUCAUGAUUGUUUGCUACAUCUAUUCCACGAGAAUCAUCGUGUACUUACUAAAGAUCACCUUGCCAUUUAAUUAUGCUUGGUUGGAUGAUAUGUUCCGCGAGAUGGCGACAUUUGUCUUCUUCGUCAUGACGGGAUACAAAUUUCGACCUGCUUCCAGUAAUCCCUAUCUUCAGAUUUCACAGGAGGACGAAGGCGAUGUUGAAGAUGAAGUCAUCACGAUGACAGGUCUUACUGAAGGUUUGACUCGCCACAACCGCGGAAACCGAAGUGUUCUCGGCGAAUCAUCUGACGAAGACCGGGAGAAUUUGUUUGACGCCGAAGCUUUGAUCAGUUCAUCGAGGAGUGCCGGGAUUUCGAAGCGAGAAGCCAGUCAUGACUAUGACUAGAAUUGUCUUUCUCGUACGGACGAUCUUCAAAUCACGAACGACACUUCCUCUUUCUUCCUAGUUCCAUUGUGACCGUUUCUUACCUUCAUCGUAGCAUUUUGUCGCUGGAUUUUUAAAUCAUGUUCAGUACUGUUCGGUGUUGCUAUUCUCUAGUCAUUCUGCCGUUUGAGAGCUAAAGAUCUGGUUUAAAACGUUUCGGUUUUGUGAUUCUGGUGGUCUAGAAAGGCCUCUUGGAUGGAAAUAAUUAAUAUUGUUUUUGUUUUUUCAA